GAGUUGAAUGGGGCAAUGGGAGACUUGGGCACGUACAUACCCAUAGUUUUGGCCUUGACAUUAGCUAAUGAUCUUAACCUUGGCACGACACUAAUAUUUACCGGGAUCUACAACAUUGUCACCGGUUCCAUUUAUGGCGUCCCUAUGCCGGUCCAGCCCAUGAAGGCCAUUGCGGCCGCGGCGAUAUCUGGGUCUGAAUUUGGGGUUCCGGAAACCAUGGCUGCCGGAAUUUUGACCGGGGGGAUCCUGCUUGUACUGGGUGUCACGGGGUUGAUGCAGCUAGUGUAUAAGCUAAUUCCUCUUUCUGUUGUCAGGGGAAUUCAGCUGGCGCAGGGAUUGUCAUUUGCACUAACCGCGGUUAAAUACAUCAGAAAAAGUCAGGAUUUUUCUAAAUCGAAGUCCGGGGAAAGGCCUUGGCUUGGGUUGGACGGGUUGAUCUUGGCUAUUGUUUGUGCUUGUUUUAUCGUUAUCGUUAAUGGUGCCGGCGAGGAACGAAGGGAGGAAACAAAUGAAGAAACCAAUGGCGACUUCGGUGAUGAAGAAAGGCCUAGAGAAGAACUCAACGGCGAUAUGGGUGACGAAGAACGGACUAUGAGAAAGGGAAGAAAAUUUAGGAAAAUUAUCUUCUCGCUUCCUUCAGCUCUUAUUAUAUUUCUGGGUGUGGUUAUCGCCUUUAUAAGAAGAACUAAAUUAGGGGACGAUAUUAGAUUCGGGCCAUCUUCUAUUGUAGUAGUAAAGAUAUCUAAGCAUGCAUGGAAGGAAGGUUUCAUUAAGGGUGCAAUUCCUCAAUUACCCCUAUCAAUUCUAAACUCAGUGAUCGCUGUGUGCAAGUUGUCAUCCGAUCUAUUUUCCGGAAGGGAAUUCUCAGCAACUUCAGUCUCGGUGACGGUAGGGUUAAUGAACGUGAUAGGCUGUUGGUUUGGAGCCAUGCCAAGUUGCCAUGGUGCGGGUGGGCUAGCAGGGCAGUACAAGUUUGGUGGUAGAAGUGGUGGGUGUGUGGCCGUUCUUGGUGCAACCAAAUUGGUUUUGGGGUUACUAUUAGGGAGUUCUUUGGUGAGGAUUUUGUAUCAAUUUCCCGUUGGUCUUGGGGUUCUACUCUUAUUUGCUGGGAUCGAGCUGGCCAUGGCUUGCAGGGACAUGAAUUCCAAAGAGGAGUCCUUUGUGAUGCUUAUUUGCACAGCGGUUUCACUCGUGGGUUCAAGUGCAGCGCUUGGCUUUGUGUCUGGUAUGCUUUUGCAUUUGCUUCUAAAGCUAAGAAAUCUGAUCAGAGAGCAACGCUAGCUGUUCUUCCAUGAGUAUAGAUACGUCCCAUACGCAUGGGACGUACCCAUGAGCCAGCCAUCGCAGUUAUCAUUACCUAAGCUUUUCCAAGUGGUUUGUGGUUAAGGAUUUGUAUGUUCUUGAAUUUACUAUUGUAAUGGCUGAACUUGUGUUUCUGAUGUCUAUGAUGUGACCAUGAAAUAGAGGGCUGAGCUCAGUUGCUGCUAACUUUUCCUUCCCAACUAUAUCUCAAGUCCUAUAUACUUAAUAUCAGCAAAAAGUAGCCGUGUUUCGUUGGG